GUCCUCGAACACAACCAUUGAUCUUCAAUAUCUGGUACCAAUUGUAACUUGGAACGUGAAGAUUGGAACAAUACGGCCACUGUAUGCAUGCACGACACACCUUAAUUUGUGAUUGAAACACCUGGAACCGUUAUCGUAUGGAAAAAUGUGCUUAAUUUGAUAAUGGGAGAAGUUUGAGUAUUUGGUGCAAGUAACAGGUGAAAUAAGUGCUGAAAAGAGAGUUGGAAGUAAAUAGUUAAAUGUUUAUGAGGUUACAGAUAUGACCUCCAACACAACAGCUGAAGACUCUGUGCUUGGUGAUGGCAGUCAGUCAAGUAGUUGGGUCCGUUUUGAAGAGGAUGAAGGUAUUAAACACACGUCACAAAAUCAGGAAUUAUCGGCAAAACAAGCACAGCCAAUAGCUUCGGCAAUUUUGAAUGCAGAUGAAUAUAGUGGGGCUGUUAUUAAUCCAGAAACGGUCCAUGUCAAUGUUAACCAAAAUGUAAGUCGUUCUGUAUCCCCAGAAAAGCCAGAUGUGUCUGUUAAUAAAGCAACAUUGGCUUCUUGUAGUAGCCCUCAGCAGUACAGUGGUGCUGUCAUAAAUACAGAAUCAGUACAUCUCAAUCUGGAUCGCAGCAGCUUAAGUCGGGCUGUGGGGGAGGAUCAGCAACCACCAGAAACAACUCCAACUGCUGCACAUAAACUCCAGGAUGCAAGAAUAGGCAUGCGGAAUGUGGAUCUAAGGGAGACAAAUAAUGGCAGACCUGCAGCAAAUACCAGAGUUCUGACUCUUGGGAAUUCUGUCAUCAGACAAGGCUUUGCAAAUGGUGAUAUUGUUGUGACACUGCUUCCUGUUAAUACAAGAUGGCCUUGGAUUACACCUGCUCAAUUCCGUCCUGAACUUGUACCAGAGGAGCUAAUGGCACAGGGACUUACGCUUACUGUUGAAGAUUAUGUACAUGUGAUGGAAAUUUUAACAAAUGAUGUGCGUUUCAAUGUCUACAAUGUUUGCUACAAGCGCAUUCUUGUGGCUUGGAUCUUUACUGCUUUUAUUGUCCUGCUUGGUCUCCUGUUCUCUGGGGUAACAGGGCUGACAUUAUUUGGAUUGGGAGUUAUGUGGCUAGUCCUGAAUGCAGCAGCCAUUUUUUUAUGUAUGUGGAUCAAAAUCAAGUUGAAUCGCAGUUUGGAACGUUGCAUGGCUCAAGUAAACAAACACUUGCUAAGACACAAGAUCAUCUUGGGCUUGGACGAUAGAGGAAAACUGUCAUGUCACAAAGUGAAUCUAUGCUUCAUCUAUUUUGAUACUAUGGACUGCAUUAAAAAACUUCAGGAGGUGAUCGAGCGAGAAGAACGUGAAGGUCGAACAAUAAAUCGAGAGGAGACGUCAGAAGAAAGACGGCAACGGCAGCAGUUUCAGCAAAGAAUGGACAUUGAAGACAGGGAUAUAAUUAUUCAAGGCAGCAAUACAACACGUCUGUCACGUAAACAGGAGCGUGCUGAGUUGGUUUUCCUUCGCUACUCUCAGCGCUGGGCUAAAGAAUAUGUGCGCAGGCAUCUGGAGCUGUCAGUGGACGGUGCGGAGCGUGGAGGCUUCUCCAUGGCACCUCCCCGCCACUGCAUCUCUGCCCGCUGCCCUUGUCAGUUUGUAGAGGAGCACCUCAAGUAUAAACCUCGAGAAGUGACUUAGUGUUUGUUACGCCAGAGAUUUUCAAGUGCUUAUGUGUCCUGCAUAAUCUGAAACAUCUCACUGCGCUUGUAUAUGCUCAGGUUUACUGAGGUUGUAUAUAGAAACUAAACUCAGGAAGUUCUCAUUUGUUAGUUUUGUUCCAUAUUCUUUUGUCAAGCCUCAGUCUCUCUUUCAUUUGAAUAUCAGGCCUUAGUCAGUUUAGCAUGAAUGAAUUUGUAUUGAUAGUUAUAUUAAUGUUCAUAUCAUUUAUUGAUUGUAUUUUUGAAAAUUACUUUCAUACUUUAACUUUUUGGUGCAGUUUCAUGAGUAACAGAAGGUUGAACAGUGUAGGUUUACCAAAGCUGUUAUACAUGUAUAUGUGUUAUGUUUGUAUUUGGUCUUCAACAGGCCACCUUCAACUUCCCAGAAUGUAAUGAUGAAGGAAAUUUAUUUUUACCAAAUUUUGGCUAUAAAUGUUUGGUGUUGAAAAAAUAAAGCCAACCAAAGUAAUUGAGAUGUGAAUUGUGGAAUUAUACUGUAGAAUUUGAUUUAAUUGUCAUAUUUUCCCCAGAAUUAAAUGUCGGUAUGAACCUGGCAGUGCAUGUAAUUAUUCUACACCAUGUCGCCAAACAUUGUUAUAUUAUCUGGUAGUAUGACUGCUCUGACAACCUAAAAUCUGUUUAGUUUUAAGUUUCUUUUCACAGUUAUGCUUUUUUGUGAUGUUAUUCAUGUAAGUUAUAAAUAAUAGAGGAGGAACUGGAACCUUAACAAACCAGGUUCCGUUUAUGCACUAAUCUUCAGAUUUGAGAUUAUGCACUGCAUUCCUCUAAAUUUAAUCAUCAUUUUUCAGAAUUACUAGUUGUUCUGCAUUUACAUUUGUUGCUGGCUUGAGGCAUGGAUUAUUUUGUAACAUUUUCACUAAGAAACUUAUAUAAAUUGUAAAGUGCUUCGCACGUACCAUAGUUUGUUCUGGUAUGAAUUUCAACCUAUCUAUAAUUUAUUCUAGAUAUAACUAUUUUCCAUUGGUACAUUUGUGAGGCAAAUGGUCAUCUAUCAUCUUUUCAUAAUCAAACUCUUCUUUUACAGCUGUAGAUUUUUCAAUGGCAGUUUUGGUUUUUAAAACUUGAAACUUAUGUAGCGUAAUUAGCUGAUAUGGUAUGCAACAGUUAAAAACAACUGAAGUGAAACAACUAAUAAAUGAGGCUUGCCAGACCAGGUUUCUGUAUACAGUAAUUAAUUACAAGUUGUUAUAUUAAUAAAUAAAAAUUGUUUUUGACUACAAGGUUAUUUGUGCUAAUAAUCAGGAAUAAAAUGUCUUUAUUAAUUUUUAAAAAUAUUUAUGUAAUAUAGGUAAUCUACAAUCCAUUGACUUACCUGAAAUUUUAUAUGGGAGUUGGUUUUGUAUGCUGCUGAUAUAUAUAAUUGUAAGAUAAUGCUACACUUUUCAGAUAUUAUUACCAACUUUAAUAUUAACUGUGUGUCUAAAUUUCUAAAUUGUUACUGAGCUUCAUAUUGUGACUACAUGUAUCUUAAGUAUAUGUAGUAGAAUGAUGAUUCUCACAUCAGCCAUUCACAAAUUUUGAACAGAUUAGGGUAUAACAUUACUUUCAAAUAUCACAUCUUCAUGAGUUUUUAAUUUUCAAUUUUAAAUAGGCUGCUCUAUCUAUAGUUCGCGACUGUAAUCUUGAGACUUGCGGGGUGAGGAAGUGGGGUGAAGGAGGAAAUGUAGCGUCAGCCUUUAAAGCUUCGGACUUCUUGCAUUCCUUGCAAGUUUCAAGAUUACAGUCGCGAACAGUUGGUAAUAAUAACUCUUGCUCCAAGUUGAUUUCUUUGUUAUAUUAGCAUCUAUCAAUUAGAAAAAUCCAAACUUUAGACCAGGAAGGAAGUUUGGAAUGAUGUAUGAAGAUUGUGUGAUGUGAUUAUGUGUAACAGUUCUUGAUGCUUCUUGCAUGCAGCUGGUAGGUGCAAGCCAUGUGUGGCAUUUGUGGGAUCCUCAUAGUCACACAGAUGUUGUGAGUAUAUUUACUAUCUUAUACAGGGUCUGUUUUAAUAAUAAACAAAUUACAGCAGUGAUUAUUUAUACUCUGUGUGCACAUGAACAAGCAAGCAUGUUAUAAUAGGAAAGCAAAUAUGUUACAUACCAGAGAAGUCUCAGUCUUAUGAACAUGUAUAUAAUGAAUACAUUUACUUUAGAUCCUAAUGAAAAUACAAGGUAUAAGAUCUACAUGAAUAAUUCUUCUGUAUUUAAAAAAGUGGGAGAACCAGUGUCAUGUUACUGAAUGUUUAUGUCUAGUAUGGAUACACAUACUCUCAAAUAUGAAUUUGUAAGUGAAUAGUCCUCUUAUUAUUUAUGAUUUACCUCACACACAUAAAAUACAUCAACUGCA